AUGGCAUCUAUCCAGGAGAAGACAUAUUGGAAAGAGCCUCCUAACAGCAUCUUUGAGACUAAAGACCAGAGACAUGAGAAAUUGAAUGCUCAACAUUAUGAGGUGGAAAUGUAUGGUCACGUGGGGCCGCGGCACUUUGGUGUGUCUACUCUGCUGCCACUUUUGCUUACUUAUGCUGACCUCCAAAGGUAUCGCGCUCGCCCUACCGCAGAUGGUGGUGUCAAGACACCACUGCAGCCUAAAUCUGCAAAUUCUGUAAAUUCCCUUGAUCGUCUUUCCAAGCCAUUCAAAUGUCCAGGGUCUGCAACUCCAACUCGAGCAUCAAUGAAGCCAGCAAGGAAGAAAAGAAAGGUCAACUAUGCAGACGCCGAUGGCAGCGUCGAGAAUGGCGCAGAAAAACCCUACACAAAUGAUGACAGACUCGCACUAGAGACUCGAGAGGUCAACAAGUUCCCUGUUUUCCAACCAAAGGACAAGGAUACAGCUUUCAGGCAGAGAUUCCGAAUCCCUCUUAUAAACAAAGCGACCGAUGCCUAUAAUACAGACCGGCCAGCUCCUACUUUGGGUCUACGACAAGGUGCCUCCUUCGUCGUGAAGCCACUGCAUGACCCAAGUGGAGAAUUUGCCAUUGUUCUUUACGAUCCCACUGUCGACGAUGUCCCCGAAGAGUCCACUCAGGAAACACCAAUCGAAGAGGAUAAGGAAAAGUUGGACGAGCCGUUAAUGCAUAAGAGCUUGGCAGAUAUUCUUGGCCUGAAGAAAAAGACAGAAGAGCGCCCUAAAGUCCCCGUCGUGAUUGACCCAAGGCUAUCCAAAGUUCUUCGGCCACAUCAAGUGGAAGGUGUAAAGUUCUUAUAUCGAUGUACAACCGGCUUGAUAGACAAAAAUGCCAAUGGAUGCAUCAUGGCAGAUGGUAUGGGUCUGGGUAAAACGCUUCAAUGCAUAUCGUUGAUGUGGACGCUACUAAAGCAAGAUCCUGAGGCCGGCAAGACCACCAUCCAAAAGUGCGUGAUCGCAUGCCCUUCCAGUUUGGUUGGAAACUGGGCGAACGAAUUAGAUAAAUGGCUUGGAAAGGGUGCCACUACUCCCUUCGCUAUAGAUGGAAAAGCUUCGAAAGCAGAGCUCACUCUUCAGAUCAAACAGUGGGCCAUUGCAUCGGGCCGAGGAAUCGUGAGACCAGUCCUUAUUGUUUCUUAUGAAACCCUUCGUAUGUAUGUGGAUUCAUUGAAAGAAACGCCAAUCGGUCUUCUUCUGUGCGAUGAAGGUCAUCGACUCAAGAACAAGGAAAGCUUGACCUGGACGGCCCUGAAUAGCCUCAAUGUCAAUCGCCGCGUCAUUCUUUCCGGAACUCCCAUCCAAAACGACCUGUCAGAGUACUUUGCUUUGCUGAAUUUUGCAAAUCCCAAUUUACUGGGCACCCAGGCCGAAUUCCGAAAGAGAUAUGAGUUGCCAAUUCUUCGUGGCCGCGACGCAGCAGGAUCGGAAGAGCAGCGCAAGCUGGGAGACGAACGCCUCUUGGAGCUAUCAGGCGUUGUCAACAAGUUUAUUAUUCGUCGCACAAACGACAUUUUGUCAAAGUAUCUGCCGGUCAAAUAUGAGCAUGUCGUCUUCUGCAAUAUGGCACCGUUCCAGUUGGAGCUUUACAAUCACUUCAUUCAAAGUCCAGAAAUUCGAAGUCUCCUCCGAGGUAAAGGUAGUCAGCCAUUGAAGGCGAUUGGUAUCCUGAAAAAGCUCUGCAAUCAUCCAGAUCUGCUUGACUUGGAGAAGGAUCUCCCUGGAUGUGAACAUACAUUCCCUACCGACUUUACGCGUCCCGACGCCCGAGGCCGCGACAGAGAUGUCAAAAGCUGGUAUUCAGGAAAGAUGAUGGUUCUUGACCGAAUGCUUGCUCGGAUCCGUCAAGACACCAAUGACAAAAUCGUCUUGAUUAGCAACUACACGCAGACCCUGGAUCUAUUUGAAAGACUUUGCCGGUCGCGAGGUUACGGCAGCUUGCGACUGGACGGAACCAUGAACAUCAAAAAACGCUCGAAGCUAGUGGAUAAGUUCAAUGAUCCAGAUGGCCCUGAAACUGUGUUUCUACUGAGUAGUAAGGCCGGUGGCUGCGGUCUGAACCUAAUCGGUGCCAACCGGCUUGUACUAUUCGAUCCGGAUUGGAAUCCGGCUGCUGACCAGCAGGCUUUGGCCCGAGUAUGGCGAGAUGGACAGAAGAAAGAUUGUUUCGUGUAUCGCUUCAUUGCAACUGGCUCAAUCGAAGAAAAAAUCUUCCAACGUCAGUCCCAUAAGCAAUCACUUUCAUCCUGUGUUGUAGAUUCAGCAGAAGAUGUCGAGCGUCACUUCUCAUUGGAUUCUCUGCGAGAACUUUUCCACUUCAAACCGGAGACCCGCAGUGACACUCAUGACACUUUCAAAUGCAAGCGUUGCCGUCCAGACGGAAUGCAGUUCAUGAAGGCCCCAGCCAUGCUUUACGGUGACACAAGCUCAUGGAACCAUUUCGUUAACAGUGGGGAGCAAGGUCCUCUAGCCAAGAUCCAGGAUCUCUUGAUCCGACAAGAGGCAGGAGAACGAGAUGUCUCUGCUGUUUUCCAGUACAUCAGUCACUGA